CAGCUGCCACCUUUUGCACAGGGGAAGACUCCUGCUCCGAUCUACAGGAAAGCAAGGUCGAGUGGGCAGUAUCCCGACUCCCAGGCAGGAACAGAAAGGCAGGGGACGGGGGCUUGGUCCAACCUUUUCUGGCCUCUUGAAGGGCCCAAAGUUUGUGGUGGAGGUGUUAGGACUUUCUGCUGGAUUCGUUAAGAUCCUGAGAGGGUGUGGAAAGAGGAGGAGGGGAGGGAGGGAGGAGGAGCCUCAGGGGCGGUCUCUGCACCUAGACGUUCCUGACCUGUGGGAGCUGGAGUGUCUCGGUGGAGAAGUGGAUGCCGCAUGGGGAUCCUGCCUCCCCCGGGAUCCUAGGUACAGGGAGCCUCCGGGGACCCUGGGCCUGAGGAGCUGGGAGGCAUCCCACAGAGAGGAUCAUCAUGGUGUGCAAGGAGUGGUGCUCCAGCCGGCAGACCAAGUGGGCCCUCGUCGGCAGUGCCAGUGUGGUUCUGGUUUUCACCUUUGGGAUGGUCCUGAGCUUCGUGCUGCAGCAACGCACCCGGCCAGGCUGUGAGCAGGAAGCAGCCUGCCGCCCGGACGCAGACAUGCUGGACUACCUUCAGAGCCUCGGCCAGAUCAGCCAACGAGAUGGCCUGCUGGUCACCUGGUACCACGCUGCCAACAGCCAGAAGGAGAUGGGGGCUGCCCUAAGCAGCAACGCCAUGGUCCUGGAGGCAGACGUCACCAUAGAAGGACUCAACACGGUCAAUGAGACAGGAGUCCCCGUCAUGGCGCACCCCCCAGCCAUCUACAGCGACAACACCCUGCAGCAGUGGCUGGAGGCUGUGCUGGCUUCUUCACAGAAGGGCAUCAAACUGGAUUUCAAGAGCCUCAAGGCUGUGGGCCCCUCCCUGGCCCUCCUGCGGCGGCUCACAGAGGACGGGAGAGUCCGAAGACCUGUGUGGAUCAAUGCCGACAUCCUGAGGGGCCCCAAUGUGCCCAUCUCAGUCGAGGUCAAUGCCACACAGUUUCUGGCCUUGGUCCAGGAGAGCUAUCCUGAGGCCACCCUGUCUCCGGGUUGGACCACCCUCUAUGUGCCCCUGUUCCCGAACAGAACAUACACCAGAGCCAUGGUGGAAAAGAUGCAGAGACUGGUGGCAGCACUGCCACAGAAGGUCACCUUCCCCGUGAGGGCUGUCAUGGUGCGGGCUGCCUGGCCCCACUUCAGCUGGCUGCUGGGCCAAUCUCAGAGGUACAGCCUGACGCUGUGGCAGGGCGCCUCGGACCCCGUGUCAGUGGACGAUCUCCUCUAUGUCCGAGACAACAGUGCCUCUCACCAAGUCUACUAUGACCUCUUCGAGCCUGUCCUGUCGCAGUUCAAGCAGCUGGCCGCGAAUGCCACGCGGAAGCGAAUUUACUACACGGGAGGCAGCCUGAUCCCUCUUCUCCAGCCCCCUGGGGGAGACGGUCUGAGCGUGGAGUGGCUGGUUCCUGACAUCCAGGGCAACGGGAGAACAGCAAUGGUUAGCCUCCCAGACAGAGAAGGCAUGAUCCUACUGAACGUUAGCCUCCAGGAGCCUGCGGCCAAAGAGCCGGUGCCCAUCGUACGUGCCCCGGGAGGCCCCACCCUGACACUGGAGUCCUGCCUGCUGCAGCUCGCUGGGCGUCCUGGACACUGGGGUGUCCAUCUGCACGUAGAGCCCUCAGCCCUCCGGCCAGCCCUGGCCAUGCUGGCCCAUCUCUCCACACUCGGCCACCUGCCUCGGCCUGUGUGGAUCGGGGCCACAGUCUCCCAUGGCAGUUUUGCAGUCCCUGGCCACCUGGACGGCCAGGAGUUGCUUACGGCUGUGGCUGAGAUCUUCCCCCAUGUGACAGUGGCACCGGGUUGGCCCGUGGAGGCGCUGGGCAGCGGCUACAGGGAACAGCUGCUUGAAGAUAUGCUGGAGCUGUGCCGGGCUCUCUGGCAGCCUGUGUCCUUCCAGCUGCACGCAGGACUGCUGGGCCAGAACACGGCUGGAGUCGUGGCCAGGCUGCUGGCCGCCUCCCCCAGGGCCACUGUCACGGUGGAGCACAGCCCUUUGGGGAGCAACUAUGCAUCCGCGCGGGCAGCACUGCUGGCGGCCAGGGCUAUGGACAAGACCCGAAUCUACUACAGGCUGCCCCGGAGCUACCGUGAAGACUUGCUGGUGGACGUUGGCAGGAACUGAGCGCCCAGUGGUGCUGGGCAGGUGGACCCCUGGGUGAAGGCUUCCCCCGGGGCGGGGAGGGGGCGGGAAGGAAUAAAUGCCCCUGCCUUCCUCAAUGCA